UAAAAUAAACGUUUGCUUUCGGAUGGUGCGUAAUGAUGUGUUGCUGAGCUUCGAAAAACACCAGGAACACAUGGCACUGGCGAAAAGGGGUUGCUUGUCGCGUCUCUGCUUUUUCAUCAUCGAUUCCCUAUGAGUUAUUUUAAAAGAAGGCAAUACAAAUUGUAUCUCCACCGUAGCUUUGGGAAUUGACAGCGGUGAGCCAUGACUUUGAGCUCAGAGAUGUCCGAUGCAUCCAUCCUUUCGGAAGAAACUGAUAUCGAUGUGGUCGGCGAGGGAGAGGAUGGGGACAACCAGACCCGGUCAUAUGUAGACGAGGUGGCUCAGAUGCAUGACGAUAUCCUCUUGGCUGGGUCCCCACAAUGCGUGGAUAGCUCUUCAACCCGGGAUCCGUACAAACCAGCAAGCAAAAACACCUUAGUUAAACCCCCGUAUUCCUACAUUGCCUUAAUCACCAUGGCUAUCCUCCAAAGUCCAAAAAAGAGACUCACGCUGAGUGAGAUCUGUGAUUUUAUCAGCAACCGCUUCCCUUAUUACCGAGAGAAGUUCCCGGCUUGGCAGAACUCCAUCAGACACAACUUGUCUUUGAACGACUGCUUCGUCAAGAUACCAAGGGAGCCCGGCAACCCUGGUAAGGGUAACUACUGGACGCUAGAUCCGGAAUCUGCAGACAUGUUCGACAACGGAAGCUUUCUGAGGAGACGGAAACGCUUCAAACGCCAACAGACACCAGAUCUGCUGCGGGAUCACGGCAGUUUUAUCCCGGCUGCGGCGUAUGGCUACGGACCCUACGGCUGCGGAUAUGGGAUUCAGCUGCAGUCCUACCACACACAUUCAGCGCUUUUCGCAUUUCAGCAGCAGCAGUCCAGGCACUCGCAUACUGGAACCAUUAUCCCUGCACCUUCUCUAAUGCCCACAACCACUGACCUGGCAAGAACCCGCUUUUACCCCCAACUAAGUCCCAAUCUGCCUUCGUCUAUACAGACUGCUACCAAAUCAAAUUCUCCAGCGCAGCGGUCUCCCUUUUCAAUAGAGAGUAUCAUUGGGGGAUCCCUGAGUCCAGCUAACUGUUCCUCGCGGACUUCUCCAAUCGUACCAAUUUUGCCAUCGUCUCUCACUCCUCAAUCGCCCCCACUACCGCCAAGCUUACACCAAGGACCUGCUUUACACACUGUCGAGAACUUUCCUAACAGGAUUGCCAACGGUACUAAUGGCUGUUAGGCACAUAGGCUACAAAAUAAAAUGAAAAAAUAAAACACAAAAGCUCCUCAUUGAAGGUAGGAUUAUUUUUGUAUGUUUUUGUUACACGCAGCUGAAUGACGGACAUUAACACAAUCUGUGCCUAUAUUCAUGCUGUGAAAUAUAUACGAAUAUAUUUAUGUAUAGGCCGACAUUUUAGUGUGAAUCUAAUUUCUCCCCACAUUCUGCAUUCUGUUCAUUAUAAUUAAGUGAUCCGUAUACAUCACUGUUUAGGACGUCUCAGGAUAACAGCUUUAUUAACAGGUUAAACUGUGUCACGUGUCUAAAACAAUGUAUUUCUUGUGUGUGUGUGUGUGUGUGUGUGUGUGUGUGUGUGUGAGCGCGCGCGCGCGUGUGUGAAAGCACCAUUAUUUUCUAGGUUAACAAAUUGAAACUUUUUAUUGUUAUAAUUUGUGAUUUGUAUUGAAGAGACACUAAAGUGAAAGUAAUACCUUUAUAUGCAGUGUGUUUUUUUCAGUAAUAAAACAUUGUAAAUUCUUU